AUGCGGUCGUUCCUGAGAGCGCCGCUGGCCGUGUUGGCCAUGCUCGGCAUGACAGCGUCGCCCGUCGCGGCAGAGAAAAUGCUCUUGUCCAACUCGCUCAACCUCUGCCAGCAGGACUCCAGUUUGCAGGCCAGUCUGUUUAAUGUCGUCUACACGCCUGGCAACAACUCGGCCAGUGUCACCAUGGUGGCCACCUCAUCGGUGCAAGGCAAGGUCAAAUUCGACGUUGAGGCGUCUGCGUACGGCUACACCUUUCUCAGACAGACGCUUGACCCUUGCGACCUUGGUCUCGCCGGUCUCUGCCCUAUGGUUGCCGACAAGCUCUCUUUUGGCUUCAACUUACCCGUCAGCAAGUCUGCCUCUGACAACAUUCCCGGUAUUGCCUACCAGGUGCCUGAUUUGGAUGCCACCGUCAGGGUUCGCGUCAACUUGACCGGCACCGGCGAGACUAUUGCCUGUGUUGAAGCCGACAUUUCCAAUGGGAAAACCGUCAACCUUCUUGGCGUCAAGUGGGCCACUGCUGUCAUCGCUGGGUUGGCCCUCGUUUCGUCGGCCAUCAUCAAUGGGCUGGGACAUUCCAACACUGCUGCUCACGUCGCUGCCAAUUCUCUGGCGCUUUUCGGCUACUUCCAGUCCCAAGCUAUUGUCGGCCUGACUGGCGUCCGCCUCCCGCCCAUUGUGGCGGCUUGGACCCAAGACUUCCAGUGGUCCAUGGGCAUCAUUCGCGUAGGCUUCAUGCAGACCAUCUUCACUUGGUAUCAGCGCGCUACUGGCGGCACGCCUUCUACCCUCUUCGACUCUCUCACUACAGUCUCUGUCGAGGUUCAAAAGCGAAGUCUUCAGGUCGCUCGUGCCGGAUUGGACCUGGCCAAGCGCAGCGUGGCCAUGAUGCCCAAGUCUGCUCUCACUCUUUUCAAGCGCGGCAACAUCACUACCGGUUCCGGAAGCUACGUCGUUUUUGGCAUCCAGCGUGUUGCCUUCAAGGCUGGCAUCGAAUCCACCAACCUGUUCUUGACUGGCUUGGUCUUCUUUUGGCUCUUUGGUCUCUUCACUGCGGGCGCUGUUGUCGCAUUCAAGGGCUUGCUCGAGCUGCUCGGCAAACGGGGACUUAUCAAGGCUGACCGCUUUGAAGACUUCCGAAAUGGGUGGAUCACCGUGCUCAAGGGCAUUCUUUUCCGUGUUUGUCUGAUUGGUUUCCCCCAGAUGGUCAUCCUUUGCCUGUGGGAAUUCACUCAGGUCGACUCACCCGCCGAGGUUCUUCUUGCCGUCAUUUUCUUCUUCGGUACGCUCUUUACCCUGUGCUGGGGCGCCAGCAAGGUUAUCCGCCUCGCCCGACGCUCAAUCGCCAUGCACCGCAACCCAGCUUAUAUCUUGUACUCGGACCCUCAGGCUCUCAACAAAUGGGGUUUCCUCUAUGUUCAGUUCCGUGCUUCAGCGUAUUACUUCAUCAUUCCGGUUCUUUUCUAUACCCUUAUCAAGGGAAUGUUUAUUGCACUGGCUCAGCGCAGCGGCGUUACCCAGGCCAUCAGUCUCAUCAUCAUCGAAGCCGGGUUCCUUAUUGCAGGCUCUGUCCUUCGUCCCUGGAUGGAUAAGAGCACCAACUCCAUCAACAUCGCCAUCUCCGUAGUCAACUUCAUCAAUGCCAUUUUCCUCUUCAUCUUCACCAACGUGAUCGAUGUUCCUCUAUUGGUUGUUGGCGUCGUCGGUGUCGUUCUCUUCGUCUUGAAUGCAGUCAUGUCCUUGGUCUUGAUCCUCAUGGUCAUUUUCUCCACUGCCCUCUCGUUGAUCCGCAAGAACCCGGAUGCGCGAUACCAGUUCAUGUCCGACGACCGUGCAUCCUUCAUGAAAUCACAAUCGCAGCUGAACGCUACUACAGAGCUCGAUGCUCUGGCUGCUACGGCUCGAGGCGAUAAGCUUGGCUACAAGGCUGCAUUUGAUAACGAGUCCCUGGAGUCGUCUGACAUUCGAAAGAACAAUGAAGCAUCUGGCUCUUAUAGCAUCUCUGCUACAGAGUCCCAGAAUUCUUUCUAUCCCGGAGCUCAGCCUCACGCCCCGGUUCCCCUUUUUCCAGCCCAACGCGGUGCCAGCCCGCUGCGAGAGAGCGUGGUGAAUCCACAAGCAUCUGGCGUUUCUUUGGCGCAACAGCGAACGCACACUGCUAGUCCAGCAAGUGGGCAUCGGUCGCAACACAAUGCUAGCCCCUGGCAACGUGGUGCAGGUUAUGACCACUAG